AAGAAGAAGGUUCAGAAAGUGCUCGACAUUGCGACAGGAAGCGGCUUGUGGGCCAUUGAUUUCGCCGACGAAUUUCCCAAUGCCGAGGUCAUUGGAACUGAUGUUUCGCCUAUUCAGCCUUCCUGGGUACCCCCUAACGUAAAGUUUGAACUUGAGGACUGCAAUUCGGACUGGACCUAUGCCGACGAUAGCUUCGAUUUCAUUCAUAUGCGGGCGUUGGCAGGCAUUGUUGAUGACUGGUAUAAAAUCUUCCGUAACGCUUUCCGGUGUUGUAAGCCGGGCGGUUACGUGGAAAGUAUGGGUACCAGUAUCAAUGUAUUGAGUGAUGAUGGAUCUGUGAAGCCAGGUAGUGCCAUGGAUCAAUGGGGCAAGGUUUUCGAAGAGGGUGGCAAACAGCUAGGCAGAGUCUUUACGGUAUAUGAGGAUGACUUACAACGUAAGGGUAUGGAGGCGGCCGGAUUCGUCGAUAUUGAGUUCAAGGACAUUCAGUGCCCAGUAGGAGUUUGGCAUCCGGAAAAGAAGGCGGCUGAAAGAGGGCUCUGGUACAAGCUGGCUACCGAAGCUGAUAUGGAAGGAUAUCUCAACUACAUCUUCAACCUUGUCAUGGGCUGGACUCCAGAGGAGACCAAAACCUUUGCUGCACAAGCUAAGAAGGAUUUAAACAAUCCUGGGAUUCACAGCUAUUUUUGGUUCCGUGUGGUGUACGGUCGUAAGCCGGAAUGA